AUAAUAAAAUUCACUGGAGUGAUUGGCCACUUGAUUUGAACCAACAAAGCAUUGUCAUCAGUGUUGGCCCCUGGACUGGACCGGUCCAAUGGACUACUACUGGGCUGGACCAGUCCAGUCCAGUUCCAGUACUUACUGGAACUGGACCUAAAUAA